AUGAACAAGUCUAUCUGUGUCUCCUGGAGUGUGAUAAUGUUAGGGGUGCAGCUGACUUUACAACCUAUAUUAGCAUUCAAUUUCAAGACUGGUUAUUUGACCCUUUCUUCACCUCGGUCCAUGUUUGUUAGCCAACUAAUUGGAACUGCAAUGGGUUGCAUGAUUUCCCCGUGUGUAUUUUGGCUUUUUUUUAAGGCCUUCAGGGAUCUGGGGACUCCUGGAAGUCAAUACCCUGCUCCUUAUGCUACUGUAUUUCGAAACAUGGCUAUAUUGGGGGUAGAAGGAUUCUCCUCUCUACCAAAGAAUUGUCUCUAUCUUUGUUAUUGGUUCUUCGGUGCAGCUAUUCUGAUAAAUUUGAUCAAGGAUGCCUUGGGUAAGAAACGGGCUAGUUUCAUUCCCAAUCCAAUGACAAUGGCUAUACCUUUCUAUAUUGGCUCAUACUUUGCCAUCGACAUGUGUGUGGGAAGCUUGAUUCUAUUUAUCUGGGAAAAGAUUGACAAGGCAAAGGCAGAUGCUUUUGGGCCAGCAGUGGCUUCUGGUUUGAUUUGUGGGGAUGGGAUAUGGACUUUGCCUAGUUCGAUACUUGCUCUAGCAGGAGUAAAACCUCCCAUUCGCUUGAAAUUUUUGUCAAGGAGAACAAAUGCUAAGGUCGAUGCGUUUUUAGGGUCAUAAAUUUGAAUUUCAGAUCAACUUCAAUAGAAACUGUGAGUUAGAGCUGAAUUGCUUCCUAGACCAAGGUUAUGAAGUUUACAUAUGAAGUUCGACUCAAAAGUGCUGUAGAUAAUCACCUGCUAUUUUGUGGAGUGAACAACUAUUUUCUCUAUAAUCAUAUCUGGAGAAGAAAAUCAAAUGUCCAUUUACUUGUAUAUGCUUUUUAGUCAAUCCUUGGAAAUAUGCUUGUAGUUUUUUUCUUGUCUAGUUUGAAGAAGAUAGUGGAACAGAUGCAUCAAACAAUGUGCAAACGGAAAAUAUCAAAAGUGAAUGUGCAAAUAUUACAGGUUGCAGGCAUGUUGCUUUUGAACAUAUUGCAAUUAUCUUUGUUGAUUUCUUCUUCCUUA